CAGUAUUCAGUGUGUGCGUGUAAAAAGUCAAGAACAAGGGGCCUUAAACAGUGGAGGUGUCAGCUGACGAGUGUCUGAUCAACGUCAAAAGUUGAAAAAAUAAAUUCACAAUGUCGUUCGGUGAAAAAAUAGCAUCCAUAAUGGAGCGUCCUGGACAGGAUCCGGUGAGCAAGGAUGAUGUACCCUGGUACAUGAAAUAUGCUGGUCGUGGAGUAGGAACUGUCGGAGGUUUCAUUGCGAUUUUCCUGGGGGCUUGGAACUGCAUUGGAAUUCUUUUGGGUGAUGUAUCGUGUUUGAUCAGUGGAAUGUGGCAAAUGGUGGCUGGAUUUCUGGUGAUAAUCAUCGAGGCUCCUUGCUGCUGUAUGUUCCUCGAUUUUGUUCAAUCUGUCAGUGAUAAUGUGGAGAGGCGGCCGUAUUGGAAUCGAGCCGCCGUUUAUUGUAUAAUUGCGCUUCCAGCGAUUUUUCUGUGCUUGGGGGUAUCCAGUAUACUAGGCAGCGGUCUGAUAUUUGCUACUGGGGUAAUAUACGGUCUCAUGUCUAUCGGAAAGAAGGCAUCGAUUGACGAUAUGAGUGCAGCAGCAGGGAAUCCCCAAGCACCUGCAGCCACAAUGCGAUCGAAUCUCGUUGAUAAUGCCCAGCCAAUAGGUUUCACCAGUAAACCAGAUAGUAAUGUUUGAUUUGAGUAGUCAUCAAUGGAAUUUAUUCUUUCUCUAAGUGAAUGUGGUGGACAAUGAGUGAUUUGGGAGAUCAAUUUUAUGAUUAGAUUUAUCACAUUUUUUUAAAUCGAAUGUAAAAGGUGAAUGUUCUUUGAGGUAGUCGAAUGGGUGCUCUAGUCAUCCCUCAAUUAUUGUGUUUGCGUAUUUUUCUGACUCAUUUGACUGGACGCUGACUAGAAAUAAAGGAUAGACUUUUGAGACUGGAAUAUUCUUUUUAGAGAUCGCAAAUGUAUUUUUCUUUUCAAGCGUUUCUGUUAUUUUUUAACAGUUGGAAGACAGGUGAUCAUUUCUAUCUGUAAAUUCAGGAUGAUUUUUGCUCAUUUUUUCAAUGAUUUUAAGGUACGAAUGAAUGUGCCAAAGCUAGUUUCACAUUCAGAUGAUUUUUUUUGUUUCGGAUAAACUUUUUAGAGGACAUUUUUUCGGGUUUCUGAUUACAAAAGACAUUCACAGCUUCCUGAUGCAUUCCCGAAGGAGGUGUUCGUUGUUUUUUUUAAGGGAAAGAAUUGCAAAAAGAAGUUGAAAUGAUAGAAUUCAUCUUCGAUUAAUGUUUAAAUAGUGUAACAUUAAUGGAUUGCAAUAUUCAAAGAAUAGAACCACACGAAACAACACAUGAAAAUCCUCCGAAAUUUAUUAAUAAGUAUUAUUUAUUUAAGAGUUAAAAGACUUGAAAAUAAAAAAGUGCAUCGAGUCUAUCCAUUUUGAGUGAACAUUUCGAUUGCAAAUUCCUUUAGAUUUUUUUUCCGCCAAAAAUUCGAGGAUUCAUUGAUGUAUUGAACAAUUGAAUAAUUCAGUCGUUUUACUCGAUUACAAAAUACUCGCUCCUCGCAUUAAUUCCUUUCUUACUGGGAAGACAUAUCGAACUUGGGAAGUAAUAAUUCAUGAUAAAGUUAACAAUAUUGAACAAUUUAUUCUUGAAUAAGGACGAUUGUUUUGAAUCAAGAAUCAGACAAUUGAUUCGAGGAAUUUUCUUUUCCAGUGUUUGAUGUAAAAAUAAUAGGGCCUCGUUAAAUCAUUAAGCAAUAAUACGAAAUAAUUCUCACAUCUUCGUGAGUGACGUACGAAGAUCAUUGUAAAUUAUAUAGAACCUGUGAACAAAACGUGUAUUAUUACAAAUUUUUGAGAACAUUGCGAUGAGUAAAGGAAUAUUUCGAAGAUUGGGUCAUGAAAAUUUAAUAUCCUUUAAAUGUGCGUGAAUAAAAAUAAAAUAAUACCUUUCAUUUAAUUAUUUUUGAAAAUUAGAUGCGCAAAAUUCAGUGGAAAUAUACGAGGCGAUUUGUACUUUUUUUUUUAUCACCACCCUAAGCAGAUUCAGAAAGAAAAACUAUAAUUAAUGUAGAAAAUUCUCAGGAGGCUUGCUAGAAUUGAACAAAAAUCCACAACGUAUCGAUUAUGUUUCAGUUGGAAAAUUUAGCAGUAGCAAUUAUCGCAUUAAUUGCCAUCAUCUAUUAGAAAAAUGAACGAGAUAACUGGAAAUAUCGUGUAGCAAAUUUAGGUGUUAAUUCAUGGUUUAUUGAGUGAAAAAUUAAACUCCAAGGAUGGAGAGAUUAUUCUCGACAUUUCGAGGUGUUCAAGUUAUGUGAAAUGAAAUUGUCAAUAUGAAUAUACUAUUAAGUUGAAAAUAUGAAGUGUUUUGUUUAAAACCUAACUCAAAAAAUAUUAAAUCACUGCUUUUUUUUA